AAACGCGACUCCCAACCGCGGCCCGUCUACCUCGCGGCUCUCGCGGGUCAGCCACUCACACCGUUCAUUACCCAAACAGCAGACAAGAGGUGACGGUACUGUAGCAACAUGACGAACACGCUGCCCGCGUGCACCGGUGUCUUCAUGCGCUCGCACUGCCCGCACCCUCGGCUCUUCGAGGAGGAAUACAAGCGGAGCAACCGGAACCGCGGCACAAAGGUGUGAGCAACGCGCGACUGCGGAACAGCUUUAAUCUAGUGUUAUCUCGCAUUGAACUGCUGUGGAUUUGGAAUUCUCACUUGUUCUCC